AUGUCUAUGUCCUCUCCCGCCACUGCUGCCAGAGUCCCCUCCCCUGAGCCCUCGUCCUCGUGCUCGCGCCCCAGUCGUCUGCGCCGCUUGAGCAACCUCCGGGCGUACACUCACUCCCACCUGUCUGGCAACUCAGCUAGCAGUAGCCACCGCUCGUAUCGAAACAGCCUGACGCGGGCUGUUGGCCUGUCAUUGCAUUCCACUGCUCCUCCAGCCUUGUCUGCCACAGACACUGCUCCUCCUAUAGAUACUGCGGCUGCUGAUGCAACUGCUACUGGUGCUGCUACAACUACUCCGACGGCGACGACGACGACGACGACUGCGACUGUUGCAGCUACUUCUACCACUGCUACCACUACUACAGCUUCUCUCACCCGGUCACCUCCUACUCGUCACCCAUGUCCCGAGCCUGACCCUUCAAGGCUACCUACCAACCUCUCCGCGCAAAGUGAGAGCUCCUCCAGCUCAGACCAUUCGCACCCCCCCUCGUCAUCUGCUUCUUCACACUCUAUCCCGUCUAACGACCUGGAGCCAUCGGAGCCGGGACCAGCAUCCGGCAUGACACGACAUCGGAACAUAGUACGCAUGGAUGUAUCCGGAGCCAGCCAGGACCAGUUGCAACACCUGUCGCCGUCGCCGUCAGCUUCCCGGAAUCGCAGUGAAACCACUCCCGAACACUCGACUGGUACGACCCGAAUCACGACGCCAGGGAAUAUGGAGUCUCCCAGCAGACGAGCAGGCGCUUCUCCUUUGCGGUCCUCCCCAGAUCUCUGUUUGAAAUCCGAUCCCCCAAAGCCCGCCAUACGUUUCUAUGCAUAUCAAGACCCCCAUCAGAACUCACGACCCUCGCUACCUUUCACAACCACUUCACGAACCCUGCCGACUGAGUCUUCUGUAAUUCGAGUGGGGCGGUAUUCCGAGCGUGAUGGGAUUGCUGUCCACAAUCCAACAGAACCAUCCGAUGCCCCAAUUGGCUUUAAAUCCAAAGUCGUGAGCAGGAGACACUGCGAGUUUUCCUUCGUUAAUGGCCAAUGGCAUAUUCGGGAUGUAGGGAGCUCCUCGGGAACUUUCUUGAACCACAUGCGCCUAAGCCAACCCAACAUGGCUUCGCGGCUCUAUGCCGUGAGAGAUGGCGAUAUUCUGCAAUUAGGAAUUGAUUUCAGGGGCGGCGAGGAGAUGAUUUUCAGAUGUGUACGGAUGCGAAUCGAAUGCAAUCGGACUUGGCAGCAACAAGCAAAUGAAUUUAACAAAAAUACAGCGGCUCUAAUCAAUAACCUGGGGAAGGGCAAGAACGCGGCAGAUUAUGCGGGUAGCAGGGAAUGUUCCAUAUGUCUUGGUUCGGUUCUGCGUCCCUAUCAAUGCCUUUUUAUGGCGGCUUGUGCUCAUGUCUGGCAUUACAAGUGCAUACAUCGCCUCAUCCACACACCAGAAUACCCCAUGUUCCAAUGCCCAAACUGCCGUGCAUAUACAGAUCUCAGUGCAGAGGUAGACGAUUCGAACGACCCCUUUGAGGACGAGACGUAUCCGGAGCCUCUCAAGUCCCAAGACCAGCCUGCACAGGGUUCUCCCGACAACACAACUGCCGCAACCACAAACUCCGCCGCCGCCAAAUCUACAGGCGAGAGAUCCGCUUCGUCGCCGAAUGGCCAUAACCAUCAUAGGCAGACAAGUGAAGACCAUGACAACCUAGCCGCUGCAGUCGACAUGAUGAACCUUGAUGAGACCCCUUUAGCCACCCCACGAGCCGGAAACGGAGUUCCGAGGCGAACGAACUCGACCGCGAAUGCGGACCUUAAUACUCCGGAUGUAGGUAUGGCAAAUGGAAUAAGAAACGAGGCGGCGGGCCAUGGAUUCGGCGAGACGAUCAUUCGCAGUUCCAACAUCGACAUACCCCAAUGCUUGCGGCCUCCCGAUGGUCGUCGACCACAGCAACCCCGGCAUGGUGAUAAUGUCGGUGGCGGUGCAGGUGCAGGUGGUAAUGAUAUGUUCGAAGAUACCCCAUUGACGCCACGGAACGAUCUUGGCCCUUUAGCAUUUGACGGUCGUGCUGGCCGGUUAUAG